GAUUUUGAUGACAUGGAUAAGCGCUUGAAGGAUAUAGAAGAUGAAACUGCUGCUCUUAAAGAGAUGCAAGCCAAGGUCGAGAAGGAAAUGGGAUCUGUUCAGGAUCUCGGAACUGCAUCUGCUAGUCAGGUCAACAGAGAGGAGAUAGAUUCUCGUUCAGUCUUUGUAGGCAAUGUUAUGCUUCCAUCUACGAGUUUUCUGCUAUUGUAAUGCUGCCGUUGAAAGUAUAGGAUAACAUAUGGCUGGAGGAGAAAAAAAUUUUCAUUAAGAACUUGAAAUUAACUGAGAGUGAAAAAGAAAAAUAUAAAAUGCAAAAAAAAAAAACAAGAAAAAAAGAAAAGGAAAAAAAAAUCAAUUUGUUAUAUUUAAGGAUAAAAAUGAUAAGCCUUUAGCUAGAAGUUUUAAUUGGCAUACUGCCAACUUUUUGCGUUGGGAUUGACUGAGGAAUUGUUAGAUUGGAGAUUAUGAGCCAGGACUCCUACUGGUGAGAAGAGGACAUGCUCUCUAGGUCAAGUACUAUAUGACUUUAUAUCAUUUUGGUUGCAAGUUCAAAGGAUGCUUUUAGUGGUGCCUAGUGCUCGAGAAAUAUGUAGACCUCCUUUUUCCAUGGUGGACUAUUCAUGCACUCCUGAAGAAGUGCAGCAGCAUUUUCAAUCAUGUGGAACAGUAAACAGAGUCACCAUUCGGACUGAUAAGUUUGGCCAACCCAAGGGUUAUGCGUAUGUAGAGUUUAUUGAAACAGAGGCUGUUCAAGAGGCCCUUUUGCUGAAUGAAUCUGAAUUGCAUGGGCGUCAAUUAAAGGUAACAGCUAAGAGGACGAACAUACCCGGGAUGAAGCAGUUCCGUGGCCGCCGACCUAAUCCACACAUGGGAUUUAGAGGCAGACCGCCAUAUGCACCUCCUUUCGCCUAUGCUCCUUAUGGAUAUGGAAAGGUUCCAAGGUUCAGAAUGCCAAUGCGCUAUAGCCCCUACUAUUGAUUGUCCAAUUCUGGUUGGAUGAACAGAAUGCCCCACUUCUCCAUCAUCUAGUACCAACUACCAUAGGGUUUUAGGCAUGCUAUGUGGGAGUUUUCCAACCAUAUAUUCAUUUGAUUGAGUUCUUUUGUUCUGUGAGGAUUAAGCUUUGACUUAAACAGCAAACCUUGUAAAAUUGUUGUGCUUGGGCCUGCUUUUACUUUGCAUUGCUUUAGUAUAGAAUAUUAAAAUGAAGUUAUUGUAAAAUUAUCCUUGGUAAAUGUGGUAAUUCGUGGGUUUUGUUUUGAGUUGCCUAUUCAUCUAUAUUGCAUUA